AUGUCGGCGACCGUGGAUAGGUACAAAGAUCUUAUUCAGUAUGAGCUGGAUGACGCAAAGGGCAGUCUGUCACCAGAGCAGAGGAUCUGCGUAUGCGUCCGUGGUAGGGUAUCUGGGGAGGUGUUGGUUCUAUAUCAGCGUCACGGCGAUGACCCCCAUCUAGCCGAGGUUGCCAAAUGGUUUGCCUCACUCAGUGCUGACGACCACGCCCGGCUGCAAGGUAACUAUGGGGCUAUCUCGCUUAACAAAGCUGCCUUAAGUGUCCAGUUUGGAUGCUGCGCUUUUAUUACACCGCAUGCAAUUCUCAGUAUUUGCAUAAAUAAAAGCCCCGGUGCCCAGGAAACCGAAAGAUGCUUGGACCGCCUAGAAAGACCCCCUUUCGCUUAA